UACGGAUCGUUGUAAUGACUUCCAACAGGCGACGACUCACAAUUAUUGCGUCAUAGCAAAACAGUCUGCGGAUCGUGGAAGGCGCCAUAUUUGUUGUCCUUAAAGAAAAUGUCAGUGGUUUGCAAGCUGUAAAUGAAACUACCAAUAACUACACAAUUACUUAUCGAUUGCUAGGCGAAUCAACAGUGUCGUCACUAACCAACAACUUUAUAGGUUACACCUCGUCGGGGAAAGGGAUUUCCUUGCUUUUUUUCCUUGAUAGACGAAUAACAACACCACCACGGCCAUCUUCCUUAAUAGCAGCUGGUUACAAACGCUCUAGAAAAGUAGUUUGUAGCUAGAGAAUACCUCCUUUAUGUGCCACUGGGAGCGCCGGGAGGAUGGCAGAUGACAAGGACGUGCUGCGAGAUGUUUGGUUUGGUCGGAUUCCGACCUGCUUCACACUUUACCAGGAUGAGAUCACAGAGAGAGAGGCCGAACCUUUCUAUCUCCUCCUGCCAAGGAUGAGCUACUUGACUCUGGUCACAGACAAGGUGAAAAAGCACUUCCUGAAGGUCAUGAAGGCCGAGGACAUAGAGGAGAUGUGGUUUGAUUUCGAGGGAACCUCACUCAAAUGGCACUAUCCAAUCGGAUUACUGUUUGACCUGCAUGCCUCCAACACUGCCCUGCCCUGGAGCAUCACUGUGCACUUUAAGAAUUUCCCAGAGCGUGACCUGCUCCACUGCCCCUCUAACUCUGUGAUCGAGGCCCACUUCAUGUCCAGCAUCAAGGAGGCGGAUGCCCUCAAACACAAGAGCCAGGUCAUCAACGACAUGCAGAAGAAAGACCACAAGCAGCUGUGGAUGGGCCUGCAGAACGAUAAGUUUGACCAGUUCUGGGCCAUGAACCGUAAGCUGAUGGAAUACCCCACAGAGGAGGGAGGCUUUCGCUACAUCCCCUUCAGGAUAUACCUGACGAUGAGUGACAGACCGUUCAUCCAGAAGUUGUUUCGCCCCAUCUCGCCCGACGGCCACACACACACGCUUGGGGACCUGCUGAAGGAGGUGUACCCUGUGGCUAUACCCAACGAUGACGAGUCCAAGCGUUACCAGGUGGUGAUCCAUGGGAUUGAGCCCCUGCUGGAGACCCCGUUGCAGUGGCUGAGUGAGCACCUCAGUCACCCUGAUAACUUCCUCCACAUCAGCGUCAUACCCGCGCCUAGCGACUGACACCUCUGGCAAAGUUUGGUAACACCCGGCAACUGGGAAAGUUGCAAAACUCCGAACGGACUCUUCACAGAGCAGGAAAACCCACGUGACUGGGGGCGAGGAGUGACGCAAUCGCAGUGUGACGUCAUCUCAUUCAACUUGUCCCAAAAAGGAGCCCACCAGGAGAAAAUGUACCAUUUUCUGUUUUCCAUCUCUUUUCCUCUCCUCCUUCGCCCUCUGUCUCUUUUGGACCUUUACCUGUUUGGGGAAAGUUGUUCCGCCCAAAAUGUGGAAGGCCAAACUGAAAGAGGGUUGAUCCGUUUAAAAAGAGAGGCAGGGAGAUUCCGCUUACCACCACCUCUCUCCUCUUCCUCCUCCUAGGGAAAGAGAGAGGGCCCAGACAUGCCUAGUGGGACCCUCUACAAACAGAAUUUGCCUUAGUUUUCCCGAGUCACAUCAUGAGCUACACUGCUGGACGUUCAUAAAGUCACACUGAGUUUACACACUUGUACUGUAUGCCACUGAGGAGUGAAAGGGGAUUUUUAAAGACGCUUCACUUCUUCAUUCUUUGUCUCUCGCUCUCUGUCUGUCUGUAUAUUCUCCAUCUUCCUCUCACUGUAUUCCCUGUUUCUUUCUUCUCUCUCUUCCUCCCUCCCCCUCUUUCUCUCUCGUGUCAUUUACUGCCGACGCUCUCUCAUCUCCAUAGCUAAUUAUCUCAUUGGAAUUCCUCCUGCUACUAAUGAGACCGCUAAACUUCUGUCUCCAUGCCAAGCCUUGGGGUUGUGUGAGUGUGUGUUGUAAUUGGAGACAUAAUUUAAAGUCUCCUAGAGGGGACAUGGGGGGGGGGUGAGGAAGGUGUGAAGAGUCCGAAUGGAAUCCUGUCUGUCUUCUCUCUUGCGUGUCUCGUGUCAAAGGGAGAUGGGGCCAGACAUGUAAUUUGGAGUGUGUUGUUAGUCGAGGGGGAGGGAGACUUGUGAUGUCACACCUGUCUAAGCACGUCAGGCUUCCUCAUUCGCCGCCUAGGAGGAUGGGAUAGGGGAGUUUACAGCUCUGAGUCAGGGCUGGGCUCGACGUGGGGUACUGUCUGAGGGGUAGGCAUGUGCAUACGUGUGUAUGUACAUGUGUGUAUGGGUACUUUUUGCACAUUUUGUUGUUACAAAGUGAGAUUCAGAUGGAUUUCAUUAUCAUUGUUGGUCAAUGAUCUACACAAAACACUCUUAUGUGGAAGAAAAAUUGUAACAUUAACAAAAUACAAAAAAAUGUAACACUACGUAUUCUCACCCCUGAGACUACAUGUUAGAAAAACCUUUGGCAGUGAUUACAGCUGUGAGUCUUUUUGGCUAAGUCUAUAAGCGCUUUGCACACCUGGAUUAUACAAUAUUUGCCCAUUAAAAAGUCUUCAAGCUCUGUCAAGUUGGUUGUUGAUCAU